GAAAGAGCUAAAAGGAUUAUUCAUUAACGCUCACACCGGAUUACGUGGCCUUACGGGUCUUCUAACAAGUUUUUUUUUUCUAACUUUACGAAGAAAACAGAUUGCAAAGUUCGCAAAUCCUUAGUGAACAAAAGAAUAGGAAGGAAGCCUAAAUCAUAUUAGUAACAAGAAAAGUUAACAAAUAUAUUCAAGUACCAGCUCAAAAGUCGCAAACAAAUUUGAAUGAUACAAAAAUUAAAGAAAAUUAAAAGAUAAGUAGCAAUUUAUGAAAAUAUUGUAUAAUAGUCUGCAAAAUCAUUGACAUUGUAUAGACAGAUAGAUACUAUACGGCAAUGACUCAAGUACCAGACCAAAAAGAGAAAGGAAUCCAACACCAUACAAAAAAAAGCUAAAUAAAAUCAAUAAAAGAAUAGCAAUAUACUAAAACAUUAUCUAAAAAUCAUUGAUAUCAAAUAAAUAGAAACACAAUAACGGUACAAGUAACAGACCCCCCCAAAAAAAUACAAAAAACACAAGGGAAGCCAAAGCCAUACCAAAAAAUAAAAAAAAAAACAAUAAAAAAAUCACACUUACUAAAAAUAUUAUAUAAAAAUUAUGGAAAUUUUCGUAAAACAAAAUCUCACACUACUAGACAUUUUGAGCCAGGUAGUCGAGCGCGCGGCGUCUGCUUGUGACAGUGUAGGGGGCGGGCAAGUCAAUACUCCUUUUAAUUCUCGUGUUUCCCUGCCCUUGUGUGUCUCUUCCCGCCCGGCCACCCUGCAUUUGGCUCUUCAGGGUGAGCAGCAGCAGCAGCAACAACAGCAACAGCAACAGCAACAACAGUAUUACUAAGACCCCCAGUACAGUGUGAGGCAAGAUGGAGGUGGUUCAAGAAAAGCUACACAGGAUGAAGGACCUUUAUGAUUGGUCCCUUUCCAUAGCAGAUGACCGCGUGAAGGACUGGCCACUGAUGUCCUCCCCGCUCCCGACACUGGGCUUGAUGGCAGUUUACCUUACCAUGGUGAAAGUGGGGCCUAGGGUGAUGCAACACCGCCCACCCUUCCAGCUAAGAAUACCACUCAUUGUGUACAACCUAGCUAUCAUGUUGCUCAACCUCUACAUUGGUGUGGAGCUGGCCAUUGUGUCGGUGAGGCUGCGGUACAGUUGGUUCUGCCAGCCGGUUGACUACUCCACCAAUCCGGAUGAAAUGAGGAUAGCUGCAGCCCUGUGGUGGUACUACAUCUCCAAGUUGGUGGAGUUCACUGACACACUGUUCUUCAUCCUCCGCAAGAAAACCAACCAACUGACCUUCUUGCACAUCUACCAUCACUCCACCAUGUUCUGCCUCUGGUGGAUUGGCAUCAAAUGGGUCGCUGGUGGAUCCUCCUUUUUGGCCGCCAUGAUGAACAGCUUUGUGCACGUGGUCAUGUAUGCUUACUAUGGCCUUUCCGCCUUUGGCCCAGCGGUGCAGAAGUACUUGUGGUGGAAGAAGCACAUCACCUGCAUACAGCUGAUCCAGUUUACCAGUGCGGGGGUGCUGGGGGCUCGGGCCAUCGUGGUGGGGUGUGACUUCCCCCUCUGGAUGCAGUACGCUCUGGUGGUAUACAUGAGCAGCUUCAUCAUCCUCUUUGGCCAGUUCUAUGUCCAGCACUACAGGCUCAAGCAAAAGAAGAUGAAGGGGAGCAAGAAUGGCACCGCCGGCCAUCAGGGAGGGGCUAACGGCAUCACCCACAAUGGCGUGGCCUCAGCCAAGCAGCACAUGGCCAAUGGGGUGGUCAGGCAGGACGGACAGGGUCACAAGGAAGGGUCGGGCAAGAAGUCAGGUGGCGGUGGGCAGAAGGGCGGGCAGCGGGGAGGCAACGCUCGCACCAGGGGCCAACUGCGUCGUGAGGGCCGGGCACGCCAUGACUCUUAAUGCUGCUCCACUUGUACCCUCCAGAAGGCAUCCAUACACCGACCAAGGCACUGAGUGGACGCACAUGUUGGUGGCACUGGCUUUGUGUGUGUGUGUGUGUGUGUGUGUGUGUGUGUGUGUGUGUGUGUGUGUGUGUGUGUUUGUGUACAAGUGAGUGAGUGAGUGAGUGUGUGAGAGCUCUUUCCAUACAUUUCAGACUUCACGCCACUGCUCGUCACAGUGAGUCAGGGCAAGGGGUGAAGGAGUCUGUAGUUGUAGUCAUUAAUCAUUAAGGUGAUCUGGUCAGUAAGAUAAACUAACUCGUUGGUUGUCAAGUUGAAAGAGAGAGAGGUUAAGUAUUUUAUUGAUCUUUUAAUCACUUGUUACUUACACCAAAGGCUGCUUGCAUACUCUGGUGGUCUCCUUCCACUCCUGAAUGUGGCAUUCUGCAAACUGGGAAGAAAGUUAUGACAGUUUAUAUUUUGAGAUUUAUAGUAUUGUUACUUUAAUAGAUUUUUGUACAUGUGUGUCUUAUUUAUAAAUAUAUAUUGCUGUACACUUUGAAAUGUACAGUGAUGUGGGAGAUGAGUGCACUGAACUACAUGUCUGCUUAGAAUGUUCAUCAGGAAGAGAAGUCACAUUACUGAUGUACAUGGAAGUAAUGAUGAAACGCAUUUAGUUGAAUAAGAAGGCUUUGACUACCAACACUUAUACACUGUUGUAUUGUGUCCACAUUCCUCAGGAUGAGAAAGACCCAAGUGAUGUACUUUGCAGUACUCAGAAUCUAUUAGUGUCUCUCUAUAUGCCGGGCUGAGAUCCCCCCCUUCAAGGGAGAUCACCCAUUCGUAAGACUAUACCUUCUCUCAUCAUGGAAAUAGAGAUACAGAGGAUGGUGUUCCCUGUCCCCUUGUCCCUGUGAGUCACCUUUAAUGCUGUACAGGGAACACUGUGGCGGUAUUCUUCCACUCUGGCCACAGUGUGCGACCAAACCAUCUUCCUACCACUGAGGGAACACUAAGACAGCAUGGGUGAGACACACACACAUAUGUGUGUUGUUAACUAUGACACAUGAUCUCUCUCUUGUUCUAAGACGCAGUGCACCUUGAUGAAGUUGAACAUCACUGCCAUAUCCAGUUUUUUACUUCACCCAGUCAGUACUAGUCCAGCUCUAGAUACAUGAUAAUGGAUUGAGUAGUGCUCACUGCUGUGCAGAGUGCAUGGAUGACUGUCUUGAAGCUCAGGAUGAGUCACUAAACACUGAGCUUCAUUCAUUUAUUCCUAGUGUUAGUGUCACCUGCAUUGUGUUGCAGAGCAGUUCAUUUCUGUGCUUGAGUUUGUGCCCAAAGUGUGUGUGUGUGUGUGUGUGUGUGUGUGUGUGUGUGUGUGUGUGUGUGUGUGUGUGUGUGUGUGUGUGUGUGUGUGUGUGUACACAUGGAUAACACUAUAAUCCAUUUUGCUUGUGUUAACCAUUGCAAUUCACUUCCACUCUGGUUGCUGCUGUGGAGGAGUCAGCAGCUAGGAAGGCAUGACUGUGGGGCUGGUGUGCGGUUGUGAGUGAAUUUAUAUUGUUAAUGUUUAAAAGUUGAAGCUAAGUUAAAAAUUGGUGUUUACUGCUCAAUGUGCUGUUAUGGUGAAGAGGAAGAGCAUGAAAGGCAUUGAAUCUUACAAGAUAUUCUCCACCAUAAAUGAUUAAGGAGGCAGACAAAGUAUAUAUUUACUUUGUCUCCUCCAUGUUCUCUCCCAGGCUUAUGAAAUGACCUAACAUAAGACAUAAUUUUAACAUUAAUUAAAGAUGCCAAUAUGAAAUGUACAUUCUCACUUGUUUUAAAGAAGUAUCAUUAUGCUCUGAUCUACCAAAAAAAGUAUUGUUACAUUUUAUGUUAAGUGAUAUAGAUAUUAAGAUUAUUAUCAGAAUUAUGUCCAUUUUUAUUCAUGGUUGCUUCAGCUCACUUCAAAGCACCAUGUGUAAAUGAUUGGUAGCCUCCUUCAGUGGAUGGCUUGAUGCAGACCAUCACAUGCAGUUAUAGUGUGAAAUUUGAAGAGGAACAGUCCACAAUGAAAGAAUUAAUUGAUCCUUUUUGAAAUAAUUUUUGGGACUGUGUGUUUGGUUACUAUUGGACAUAAUAUUAGUGUACAAAGUUAACUGAUUUUACAUGACAAUUUCAAUCUUGGUAAGGUGUGUUGCGGGUGUUGUGGCGUGACUUGUGGCAUUCUAGCUUAGCUUGUUUUUCUCAUUCCUGUAAAUAUUGACCACUGAAGUGAGGAAGUGCAGCUCUUCCAGAGAGUCUGCUGAUUUGUUGUGAUGCAUCGACUUGAGAUUGAUGGCAUGUUGGAAAUUUAGUGUAAGGGAUAAGUAUUGCAGGGCACAGCAGGACCUUGUCAUUCCAUCUGCCUGUGAUGUACUUGGCAAUGAAGUGAUGAUGCAUGUACGUCCACUCGUUGCUGUAAAGACACUCCUGAGUUCCUUCGUGCCCCGCCACAAGCCAGGAUCUCACCAUGGGAUGAGAGGGAGAGCAGCCAGCAGCUCUCAUCCCAUCUAAUCCUUGGCUGGCAGGAAAGCUGAAGGCCAGUAUUGGGUUGUGUAGGAAACUAACAUUCUUCUCUACAGUAUUACAUGUUAAUUUUUUCUUAGGGGUAAUUGAAUUUGUUGAAUUUAUCCUUUUAUGUUAGAGGGAGACUCAAGGAGACUGGUACAGUGGGACCACAUGUGAUUUGGGGGCCAAAGGGUCCUCAGGUGCAUGGGUUUGAAUCCAGGCCAUGGUCUGAGGGCAGGAAGGGCAUCCAUUCGUGGUAAUGGUUUCCAAAUGCCAAAUCCAAAGUCCUUCAUUAGGAGGCACCCUCCUGGCCCUGAUACAGUAGGGAAGUCAGACAAAAAAAAAUGUUCAAAAUGUUCGAGGGAGACUAUUACUAGAUCAGUUUUGAAAAAGGGAAAUUACUUUAUCUGGUAAAUUCUUUGUAUUUUCCUUUGAAAUGUACUUCAAAUUGUACAGUGUAACUGAAAACACAUUGAAAGGAGGAAGUGAAGGAAGGUACCACCAGUGCUCAUUGCUUGAGUCUCAAGAAUCUCCUAUCACGUUUCAGAAAUGUGUAUCUUUUAACAAUUUUAUUGCAAACUUGUAUUUUUAUCUGUGUCUCAGGAUUUUCUCAGUAUAUUUAGUUACAGGCAUUGGAGGUGAAAUUCAACAAUGCACAUUUUUCAUCACCCAUACAUUCAUGCUUGCAUUGCCAUUCUGUUUGGUGGCUCCUCUAAAUAAUGUGUGUGCUGGUGAAGUGACCACGUGAACUGUUUUGCAUCGGAUAAACUCAAGUAAUUGUAAUGCUGAAUAACUUUUGUUGGCGACAUAAGGUGUGGCUUUUCAUUUUAACAUUUUAAAUAAGUCAUUUUUCUUCUUCUUCUUCUUCUUCUUCUUCUUCUUCUUCUUCUUCUUCUUCUUCUUCUUCUUCUUCUUCUUCUUCUUCUUCUUCUUCUUCUUCUUCUUCUUCUUCUUCUUCUUCUUCUUCUUCUUCUUCUUCUUCUUCUUCUUCUUCUUCUUCUUCUUCUUCUUCUUCUUCUUCUUCUUCUUAUUAUUAUUAUUAUUAUUAUUAUUUGUGGUAUGGUAUUUCAUUUUGAUGACUAGUCAAGUGAUUUUUGAGGACUUGUUUUUGAUUUGAAAAGUAGAUGAGUGUGGUUUUUUGCACGGAUUUUCAUCUUGAUAAAUAGUCAAGUGGUGUUUUUCAGGUUUGGUUAUUCAUUCUGAUAACUUGUUGAGUGUGAUUUUUUGAAGACAUGGUUUUUGAUGUGUGAUUUUUGAGGUGAUUUUUCAUUUUGAUAACUAGUGGUAUGUGAUUUUUCAUACCAGUUGACAUUUAUAAAAGAAUAAAAGGUAUCUUGGGUCUUAUGUCAUAUUUGAAAGUGUGUUUGUGUGGGUGUGGGUGCUUGUGGGGGUUGGUCAGGAUAUACUUAACAUCUUCCUUGCUCCUCUUCCUUGUUCCCCUUUUCACUUGCUUUGCUGUAUAUUUCUCCAGCCUUUAGACUUACAGACUUGAGGCUAAAGGCAUCAGUGAGAUGGGAGUGUGUGAGAGAGCCACAUGGGCAGGCACCCUCUCAUCUGGGGUAACAAGGAGGAAUCCAUGGCAAAAGUGAUUUGUUUGGGAUGUGAGUGGUGAGGGGAAGGAGGUAGCGAUGGAAAAGACAAAACUUAGUCAUCUUUUGUCAGAUACCAUUUUCCUCUGGCUAGUCAAUCUCCUCCAUUUGAUCUACACUUACCACUGUCCCACUCCCACUGCCAUGUCAUUCUCUGUACUAUGCCAUCUACCUUUGUCUUACCAUAGUGUCACUUGACUCCUAAACAUGUCUGCCUAUUCUUUGUUCCACAAAUUAACUAGGCAAUUAACUAAAUCAACAAGACAAAUGUUACCCUCUCUCUGUCAGUCCAUCUCAUCUGCUCUUCCUUUAUUGUAAUCCUCAUUUUAAUUUUCAUUAAUUUUCUAACAUAUCAAUAUCCUCCAUUUGAUAUGAUUAUUCACUAACCAACAGUCCUUAGUUGAAAUGUCACCAUCUCUAGCAUCAAAAUGUCAGUGUCAUUAUCUUUUCCAUGAUCUCAUGCUCCAUAUGAUCUCAGUUGGGUUGGCUCUUUCUCUCGGUAGCUUAGAAACUCAGCCAGCCAGUCACAGUAUUAACUUAAUCUCUGUCUCUGCUUUACCUUCUCUUCUCAGAUCAUUUUCAUUCUUUAUGCACCAUUCUUUACCCAUUCUCAUGCUCCAUAAUGAUCUCUACUGUGGUGCUUCUUUCAGUAACUAACAAACUCAGCCAGCCAGUCAUAACAUUCAUCUAAUCUCUCACUGGUCUAAUUUUUCUCUCACUUUCCAAACAAUUUUCAGUCAUGUUGGUUAAGGAAUUUCAGGGGAUCUCACAAGAACCAUUAAUUCUGAUCUCUUCUUGAAUUGUGUGCUGUACAGGAUGCAGGAUACUCCUAUGUAAGGACGGAGAACUUUACUAGGAUCUCCACGGGUCUUUUAAGGACCUUGUGGACUUGUUAACAGAUGCAAGGUCUUGGUGGUAAGCUCAAAAAAAAUAAAGGGGUAUAUAUGAUACAUUCCCUGUUCAUCUGUGUUUGUUGGGCAUUAUUGAUUACCUAACUGUAUACUGUCUAUUGUCCAACCUUGAGUCCUCACCUUCCCUGCAAAAAAAAAAAAAAAGCUUGAUUUCAGUAUUGUGCUAAUGUAUCUAGUCUGCAGUGACAGUAGGUUUGUAGGAGGAAUUAAAAAUAUGAAUUGUA